UCCACCCAGCCCUAGAAUAAAAAAGCCACCGGUGACGUGCGCGCAGGGAAGCACCCAGCAGUAUGUGCGCGCCCACGGGAGGGGCCGACAGAAAAUGGCGAGUCUGUGCAAAAGGCAGCAAUGCACGAUAGAGAGGCGCGGCUUUCGGCAGGAACUUGACUCUUGGAGGCACAAACUCAUUCACUGUGUAGGCUUUGAAAGCAUCUUGGAAGGCUUGUUUGGGCCGGGACUAGUCAAAGAUAUCACACUUUUCCAAGAUUGUGAGCCGGAGGAAGUCUCUGACUGGUCCUUCGACGAAAACUGUCUCUUCUGCUGCUUAAGACGUGAAAGAGUCAAGGACCACAGCGCAGAAAACGGUGGCGGCAGCCAGGAGCUGUCUGAGUGUGAAGACUUCAAACGGGAGCAGUCACGGAUCACUCGGCUGGAGAGACAGGCCCAAGACUUCCUCAAUGCUGUGUUCCACAGAAAAGAACUACCAAGUUUCUCAGACCCUCACAUUCCACUAGUGGCUCGUGAGAUCAUGCAGCGAAUGAUCCGCCAGUUCGCUGCCGAAUAUACCUCAAAAACUACUCAGGACGACCUGCCCCUGCCCAACGGCACCAUGAAGGACCAAAGCCUACCGAGAGCGGCGUCUCUGGCUCCGGCCCCCUGCUCCCCGCCCGGGCCCCUGCCGGCGCCCAGCUCCCCUCCAUCGUCUGCCUCCUCCUCCCCAUCCCCAACUCCCGGGCAGGGCCUCAGCCCCACCCCCGCUAAUGCUACCACCGCUGCUACCACCUCAGCACCUGCCUGCACCCAGAGCAGCAACGGCACAGGAGCCAGUAAUGGAGGAGGGGGAGGAGCUACAGCUGCUGCCUCUGCACAGAACCCCGUCCUCAGCAAACUACUCAUGGCCGACCAGGACGGCCCGCUGGACCUCACCGUAAAAAAGAACCAGGUCGACACAGAGCCCAGCCAGCAAGAUGGUGUCCUGGACCUCUCCACCAAGAAGAACCUCAGCUCAGACAAAACCUUCGCCGGUUUUCCCCCUGCUUCUGGGGUCAAAGGACAUUCACUCAGUGUGGAACAGACCCUGUCAGAGGUGGAUGAAGAGGAUGGCUUGCUGCAGAAAAGUUUGCAGGACGGACUGAGGGAGAACUAUGUCAGCUCUAACUCCUUCAAACCCCCACUGGCCCGCUCCCUGCGCAUCAAGGAAGAGCUCCUCAGCCAGAAGCACCGCCUGCUGAGCCAGCCUGCUGCCCUCUCAUUGGCCAAUCUGGAGUCAGCUGGCUUGCUCAACCACGUCCAAUCCCAUUCUUUGCUUGGCCAAAAGGGUUCUUCCUCUUUCUGGGGAAGCAAAGCCCACCUUGAAAGCCUGAUGAAGCUAAAACAGGCCAGUGGAGCUUUGAGUGGGGCUCUCAGUGACCUCAAAGACCUGCCAACAUUCCUGGAGAAUCACCACCUCAACCACCAUGGAGCCUACUCCAUCAAGAGCUCCCUCCACCAUCACCACAAUCAGGUCUCCAAGGCCCAACAUCACCACCAAAAUGAGGGCAAGCGAGACCAGGGCCACUCACCUCCUGUCGACCUAAAGAUCCCACAAGUCCGAGGCAUGGAUCUGUCCUGGGACUCCCAUGCUUCUGAGCUGUACAACUAUGGCACAAUGGGUAUCGGGGGUGGUGGUCAUGGGGAGAGCACCCUCAGCCGGAAGCUGAGAGCCAUCCUGCCCAAACAGAACCGCCGGGGAGGAAGCCUUGGAAGCUUGCUGGAUGGGGCAGCUGACUACUGGACCUCUGAUUUGGAGCAUUCCAUUUCCGGGCCGGCAUACUCCACCUCUGAUGCGGAAGGGGACCCAAGCUCCAAGCAGCCAAGGAAGAAGAGGGGUCGUUAUCGCCAGUACAACAGUGAGAUCCUAGAGGAGGCCAUAGCAGUAGUGAUGAGCGGGAAAAUGAGCGUGUCCAAGGCGCAGAACAUGUACGGCAUCCCGCACAGCACCCUGGAGUACAAGGUCAAAGAGCGCAUGGGAACCCUAAAGAACCCCCCAAAGAAGAAGCUCAAGCUCAUGAUGAAGAUGGAAGCUGCAGGACAGGAAUUUCCCACCGAGUCGGAGAACAUGCCUAAUUCAAACCCGCAAGAUGACGGCCCGCCUCUGGCAGCUGCAGAGCUCAAGGACAACAUAAAAGAAGAGAUUGAUGACAAUUUCAAACCAAUCGACUAAACGACUUACACAUGUAAACCUCAGUCAAAUGACUUGGGUAAUUUGAAAACGGAUGGGGCUUUAUUUGUGCCAAUUUAUUUUGCAGCAUCUGGGUGAGCACAAAUGCAGGGAAAAUAUGAGGAGGAUUCUUGAAACAAACUGGAGAGAAACAACUAAUCGAAUGGUAUUUAACAAGCGUCAAAUGAUCGACGCCAUACAAGCAUUUGUUUGGCUUUCAUAUCCAGGGGCCCAACAAAUACAGCUAAAGACAUUAGUUAAAAGACUAUUAAUGAAAUUUACUUAAGCAUGCUGAUAAUCCCUCACCCAAAAACCCAAUUGCCCUUUUUUCUGAACUUGAUACUGAACCAUUGGCUGCUUCUGAAUGCAGUUUGGGCUUUGGACUAUUUCAAUUGGGGGAGAAAAUGGGGGGAAGGUUGAAAAUUAACUCACAAAUUUUGUCCCUUUACCACUCCCUCUCUCUCAUGGAUUUACUAGCUGAAAUUUGGUAAGUGAAAUGUCUAUUACAUUUGAAGCCAACUGUAAAGUUUAAUCAUACCACUGAUAUUCCUCACUAGGGUUCUGAAUCAAAACCCAUUCUCUUAUUGCCAGAUAGCCAUGAUGCUUUAACUACAAAACCUUUACUUUCCUCCUGAAGAUGUUCUGCUAAUCUCUGUGUGAAUGAAAGCAACAUUGACCUGUCCUUUUUGAACUGGAAAAGACACACAAAGAGUCAUUCAGGGAUGCAUGUUUGUGAGUUUAGUGGACACUACUGACUUCUACAACUGACUUCUUUUCCUCUGUCCUUUCGUUUGAUUCGUUUUUGCUUUCUUUUGCACUACACUUUGGGUCUGGCGCUUACAGACCAGGUUACCUCGGCAUUGUUGCCCUUGCAUCAUGCACUUAUUAUGGUCUGUCUUUCAAGCCCAGUCGCAACCUUGCAGUGGGUCAGAGAUGCACGUCGCCUGCAUACACUGAUCCAUGAUCAGAUUUAGGAGGCUGUUUGACCCUCUUUUUUGCCAAUGGACAAGUCGAGGGGUAAUCUGAUAAUGGAUCAGUUGGAUUUUUUUAAGGCGGAAUGCUCCCUCAUGGACCUCCAUCAGUGUCUCACUGCUGAUCCUUGAAUGCCGGAGAUGCCUUCAGGUUGCCCCUCAGAACGGUGCCCGAAGUGAGCUCAUCCCGUCAUGGUGAUCUCCAAGUGUUGAAGGCCUUUUAGGAUCAGAAUGUGAAACUCUGCUGCUAACCAGUUGAUUAUCUAUCUCCUAGCUUUAGCUAGUUUUAGCUAACAACAACACAUCUCUGUUGUUUUUAUUUUUCUCCUUUUCUAAUCAAACUAAGCGGAAGCAGCUUAGCUGGUGAGUUUGAAAAUGAAAUUGUCUCCCUCGAACGUCAAAGACGAAGGCAGUUUACUACAACAAUGUGCAUUUAUAGUGGGGUGUUCAUUUCAGGUGGUGGGUGGGCAAAUAUGCAUUGGGAAGGUCUAGUUGAUAGAGCUGAGGAAAAGCCAGAUUUUAAUAUAUUAUAAGUUAUUAUGACUGAUUAUGUAGAAGCCAAUCCGUGAUUGUGGGUGAUUUACUUUUUCCUCAUUUUUAAACUCAGGGUAACUGAGGCAGAUGAUGUGGGUUUCGAAUAUUUCCUCUUGGACCUAUAGUAGACAGACAGGAGGACUACAGACACCUCUUACUAAUGCUUUGUGAGCAGGAGGGGUCGUGUGAGUGAACAUGGCUGACAGACCUGCAGAGGAAUCACGUAAGGAAGAAAGAACCCAAAAUGCUGACGAUAGGUUUAGGGGUCGAACAUGUGGCGCUAAACUUCUAAUAUAGCACUUUUCAGAAAUAAAGAAAAUACACGAGAGAUAAAUCUGAUUGAGGUUAUGCAUGCAGUGUAGCUCUUCUCUGAGGGAUACAGAGCAGGAAGCAAUGAGGAGGGUGAAAAGAUGGAAGAUGAAAAAAGCUUUAGUGUGUGAAGACUUUCUGAGAGCUGCAGUUUUGACCCAAACUACUAAUUGUUUCCUCUCAUAUUACCUCCAACCAAUUUAAAGAAAGACAGAAAAUAGGUGAACACCUUGAACAAGUUCAGUUUUUUUUGUGGUGUUGUCUCGUCUCUCGCCUCCCCUCAUUGCUGAAGCAUCAGGAAUAUAAAACCUCUAAUCGUGUUUUAAAGAAUAUCCCUCAGAGACGCAGGUGGAAAGAAAAAAACUCUCCUCUUGGUGUUUCCUGUCAGGAAAACCCUGAAUGAGAUGACAAAUGCUUCUAAGUUGUGUUGUUUGUCCAAUUUGUUUUUUCUAUUUUGCUGUUGGUAAAUGUUGCUCUUCGUUCCUAACACUGCCUGGUGCUCACCCAGUGUGUGAGAUUCUUAAAAUGAGAAUUUUACCUCUCUGUUCAGACAAAAUGAUGAUGAUGAAGAUUCACUCCUUUUGAAAUGUAUUGUAUAUUU